AUGUAUAUGACUGCGCAAUGGAACAUCAAGGGUAUUCCAUUCUUUAAUAGUUCGGACUGUAAAAGUUUCUCUAAUGUACUUUGGGCAACAUCUGGAACUCCAACAUAUUGGCACCAGUUUCGUGCUGCUAGGAGAAGGUUACACCAUGACUUGAAAACUGCCAGAGAUAUCUAUAUGUCGGAGUAUCUUGGCGAUGCGAUUGAAGAAAACCCAAAGCGUUUUUGGUCUUAUGUGAAGCAACUAAAGCAGGAUAACCUGGGAGUAGCAGAUUUGGAAAUUGAUGGAAUAUUAAUUAGUGAUGACAAACUAAGUCUGAAAUCCUUAAUAAGCAGUUUUCUUCUGUUUUCACUGACGAAAAUCUUGCAAAUAUUCCAACAGUAG